ACUGGCGGGGCUCCGCUAACACUACUCGGGUCUGGGUGUCUGCGCCUUUGGCCGAGCUGUGCCUGGGCGAGGAGGCCGUUGUUCGCUCGCCGGCCGGCGCGGUUACCGGGACUUGGCGCUGGGACUGACCACCUCGACCCCACUCCAGACUUCUCCGCCUCCGAGGUGCCUCGGAACGGCUGCGGCCGCCGGGACUCGGCCCGGGGCAACUAGGGGCCCUUCCUCGCUCGGGGCUCGGAUGGGAGGCGUUGGGAGGAGCGGCCUGGGAUGUUCAGUCUGAUGGCCAAUUGCUGCAGCUGGUUCAAGCGGUGGCGGGAGCCCGUCAGAAAAGUGACUCUUGUGAUGGUGGGACUUGAUAAUGCUGGUAAAACGGCAACGGCAAAGGGAAUCCAAGGAGAGUAUCCUGAAGAUGUAGCUCCUACUGUUGGAUUUUCCAAAAUUGACCUCAGACAAGGAAAAUUUGAAGUCACCAUCUUUGACUUGGGAGGUGGAAAAAGAAUUCGGGGUAUCUGGAAGAAUUACUAUGCUGAGUCCUAUGGGGUAAUAUUUGUUGUGGAUUCCAGUGAUGAAGAGAGAAUGGAAGAGACAAAAGAGACAAUGUCAGAAGUGCUAAGACAUCCUAGGAUAUCGGGAAAGCCUAUACUGGUGUUGGCAAAUAAACAAGACAAGGAAGGGGCUUUAGGAGAAGCUGAUGUGAUUGAAUGCCUAUCUCUGGAAAAAUUGGUCAAUGAGCACAAGUGCCUAUGUCAAAUAGAACCUUGUUCAGCAGUCUUGGGCUAUGGAAAGAAAAUUGACAAGUCCAUUAAAAAAGGCCUUUACUGGCUCCUACAUAUCAUUGCAAGAGACUUUGAUGCUUUAAAUGAACGCAUCCAAAGAGACACAACAGAACAGCGUGCUCUUGAAGAACAAGAGAAACGAGAGAGGGCUGAACGAGUGCGAAAAUUACGAGAAGAAAGAGAACAAAGAGAACGAGAGCAGGCGGAACUCAAUGGAAACAGCAGCCUGGCUGAGUUGGACUCCGAACCAAUUAUUGUUAAUCCUUUCCAGCCAAUCGCAUCUGUCAUCCUUGAGAAUGAAAGAAAACUUGAAAAAGACAAAAAGAGACACAGUGUGGAGAAAGACAGUGAUGGCUGCCCCCCGAAACAUAAAACGGAGAAUGAGCAAAUAGAGACACAGAGCCAGAUCAGUGACAAUAGCCAAAAAAACAAUGAGCUUGGAAUAGUUGAAAAUUAUAAAGAGGCAUUAACACAGCAGUUGGAGAAUGAAGAUGAUACAGACCAGCGAUCAUCAGAAUCAGAUAACAGCAAAAAGAAAACUAAGAAACUAAGAAUAAAAAGGAGUCACCGUGUAGAACCUGUUAAUACAGAUGACUCUGCUCCUAAGAGUCCAACACCACCCCCGCCUCCUCCUCCUGUUGGCUGGGGAACCCCCAAAGUCACUAGACUUCCAAAACUUGAGCCUCUUGGUGAAACACGUCAUAAUGAUUUCUAUGGGAAGCCACUGCCUCCCCUGUCUGCACGACAGAGGCCUAACAGUGAUGCUCAUGAUGUGGUUUCAUAACCGAGUCAUGUGAUGAGCUUUUUAAAGAUCUGCAAGAUCAACUAGAAGACCUUCCUUCUCAAAGAAGAAAAACCCUAAGCAUUGAUGACUGGGGCAAGAUAAGCAUAGUGAUUUCAGUGAGAUAAAUAGCCAAAGAUCUGGCUGAUAUGACAAUUAUCCAUGUUAUUCAUGGUUUAAAAAAAAGGAAGGAAAAUGACCAAUAGAUGGGAUGAGCAUUUGAAUCAAGUUAGCAGGAGUUACUGUUGACUCUGGUUUUUACAGUCCUGCUCAUGGGCAUAUUCCUGAAGGAAAACCUCUUCAGAAAAAGAGCCAAUGGACUCUGCACACUUUCUUUACUAUAUGUUUAAUAGUCUUUAUUAUUGUAUCCUAAACAUUUUUUGUAAGAUACAUGUGCAUGGAAGGGGAACUCUUGGGAAUUUAUAACCUAAGUUUUUAACUUUUUAUAUUUUUCUAAAACUUAUAAGAAUUUUAAUUAUUAUGAUAUCGACUGUGCACUUUUCUAUAGAUGCUUUGUUUAAAUUGUGUCUGGAAAUGGAGUUGAUUUACUUGACAAACAUGAACUACACAAACAGGACAUAUUUAUAUGGUUUAAGGUAUAUUUCAUAAUAGUAUUGUUCUUGAAGUGUACAUUCUAAUUUUACCUAAUUUUAAAGUAAUGCCUUUUAAAAAUAGAUUCUUAGAUCUUUACUCUACCAAAUUAUAUUAUUUGAAAA